UUACUCAUUUCUCUAUCCAAAACCACCCCCACAUUUUAGGCUAAUUAAAUUAAGCAGCUCCUUGUUUUCCAACACCGGUUUCGGUUUUCCCAAAACCGCUUUCCUCACGCCUUACAAUACCAGCUUCCUCCAAAACCAAAACACAACCCUCACUUUCGUUUCGUUAGUCUUCCUCACUCCAAGCUCCAAUUAAGAGGAGGAGAAAAUGGGGAGAGGGAAGAUUGUGAUUCGUAGGAUCGAUAAUUCGACGAAUAGGCAAGUGACUUUCUCGAAGAGAAGGAAUGGAUUGCUUAAGAAAGCAAAAGAGUUAUCGAUCCUUUGCGAUGCGGAGAUUGGGUUGAUUAUCUUCUCCAGCACCGGAAAGCUCCAUGAUUUUUCAAGCACCAGCAUGAAAUCUGUAAUCGGCCGAUACAACAAAGUCAAGGAGGAGAAUUACAAUCUGAUGAAUCCUACUUCAGAGAUAAAGGUAUGGCAAAGGGAAGCAGAAAACUUGAGGCAACAACUACAGUAUUUGCAAGAAAGCCAUAGGAAGCUUUUGGGAGAGGAACUUGCUGGAAUGAACAUCAGAGACCUCCAAAAUCUGGAAAAUCAGCUAGAAACGAGCUUGAAAGGUGUACGUGUGAAAAAGGAGCAAACUCUGACUACUCAGAUCAACGACUUGAAUCAGAAGGGAAACAUCAUUCAUCAAGAGAAUAUGGAACUUCACAAGAAGAUGAAUCUUGUUGUCAAGGAGAAUGAGGAAUUGCGGAAAAAGGUUCAUGGGCCGGGAGGAACAAGUGAAGAAAACGGGGCAUCCCACCAUAUACAUAGCAUCAGUGAUGGAUAUUCUUUUUUACCUAUAAUAAAUCUUGAGCCGAGCCAGCCACAAAAGCAAACAGAUGGUGCACCAAAAGAUGUGAUGAAUUUGGGGCUUCAACUGCAGCAAUAACAUAUUGGCAGCACAGGAAAUGUGUUUAGCAGUUCUAUGUCAAGUUAUCCUACAAUCCUAAGAGUGAAUGGCUCCGAUGAACUAGAAACUUUAUGGUUGACAAUAAGCGUCUGAAACGGAUGGGCAUCAUGUUCAUUAAAUGUGUGAAGACUAGAGAUUUUUAUGUACAUAGUCUCAUGAUUAUUGUAAUGAUGGCUGAGGGAAGAAGCAAUGACUGUUUAAGGUUAGCUCAAACUAAUAUUGUGGUAAUUUAUGUCGGCAGCUGUAGUCCCUACUAAUGCUCACUGGAAACAAUGUCCAAAAUUGAUGCUUCAGUAAAUGUAAUAAUUAAAUCGCCAUUUAUUGGGGCUGGGGGAGAUAAAAGUAAAGGACAAGUUCAUCAAA